CUCUUUGGGCACUUGGUGAGACCGAUUGUGGGAGGGAAAGGUGUUCUCAAGAGAGGCAGAUAUUGUUAAGUUUGGAAUAUUGUUUGGUUUUGAUAUCUGAUAACCUUGUUUCCAGACCUGUUGGCUAG